CGUCCCGACGCCGACGUCGCCGGCGCCGCCGCGUUCGCGUCAUGACUUCCGGGCGCCGCGGCCGCCAUCUUGGUUGUGCGGAAGCGCCGCGGCGGGGAGGGAGUCUCGAAGCUGGAGAGUGUGGACGGUGCGGCCGCUAUGCCGUCGUCGCCGCUGCGGGUGGCGGUGGUGUGCUCGAGCAACCAGAACCGGAGCAUGGAGGCGCACAACAUCCUCAGCAAACGGGGAUUCAGCGUCCGGUCUUUUGGGACAGGGACUCACGUGAAGCUUCCAGGACCAGCGCCCGACAAGCCAAAUGUUUAUGAUUUCAAAACCACAUACGAUCAGAUGUACAAUGAUCUCCUUAGGAAAGACAAAGAACUCUACACGCAGAACGGCAUUUUGCACAUGUUGGACAGAAAUAAGCGAAUCAAGCCCCGGCCAGAAAGAUUCCAGAACUGCAAGGACCUGUUUGACCUCAUCCUCACCUGCGAGGAGAGAGUGUACGACCAGGUGGUGGAAGACCUCAAUUCCAGGGAGCAGGAGACCUGCCAGCCGGUGCACGUGAUCAACGUGGACAUCCAGGACAACCACGAAGAGGCCACCCUGGGGGCCUUCCUCAUCUGUGAGCUCUGCCAGUGCAUCCAGCACACGGAGGACAUGGAGAACGAGAUUGAUGAGCUGCUGCAGGAGUUCGAGGAGAAGAGUGGCAGGGCCUUCUUGCACACCGUCUGCUUCUACUGACCGCGGGCUGGCUGGGCUUCCUGCUCGCUCUUCAGUCCUGAGACUUCUUGCCACUUGCAGGGCUUCUGCGGUGGAUGGUAGCAGUACCUACAUAAACUGCAUAUAACAUGAGAAAAUACAAAUGCCAGGUUAACAUUUUUUUAGCCCCACUUUUACUUACAAGUGGGUUAUUGAUUAUUGAUUAUGGAGUUUUAUUUCUUUAACCAAAUCAGAAACGAAACCCAGUUUGUUGUACGUUCGCCCCGUGUAUCUGCCUUUCAUUGUACGUUCCUCCCUCCUCUCCCUGGCUGGAAUGUACAAAACCCGAAUAAAGCAACGGGCUGUAACUUACUGGGAGAGAACCUGCCAUUGCCCAAUAAACAUGCUGCUGGUCGCA